GGCGGCCAGCAGAGCUCGGCGCGGUGCGCUCGGCGGAGGCCUCGGUCCGCGCCGUCCGCGAGCGAGCCCCGCCGCGGGGACGGUGUGCAGCGGGGCCGGCUUUGUCCCGCGCCCGGGGUGCGGGCUCGUGCUCCUCCGUCCGGGCGAGGGCCGCCGCCCGCGUCCUCCACCUCGGAUCAGAGGUAUGAACAUACUCCUUGUGGAAGAGACUAAAAGGUAAAAUUGUAUUUACAGAUUUGUGACAUUCAAGACCACAGAUUUUUAUAGCACUACUAUUAAGUCAGAUCAACUAUGAAUUGGAAUGCAAAACCAGAGAGCGGUGCCAACGCCCCACCAUAUUCCAAAAGCCCGUCUUUAUUGCAGCAGUUUUUAAUGACUUCCACAACUGCUCAAAGUUCUUUUAGCUAUCCUGCCAUCAAUCAAGAAGCAUGCAUGUAUUCUAGUAAUUCAAAUUUAGUUUCACAGCCACUUUUGAACGGCAGAAAUUAUAUAUCUCCUCAGAUUCCUGUUUCUAAUCUGCAUAAUAGGACAAUUGUGGCCCCACAGUCUUCAGUAGAAAGAGUCAUAUGUACAACUGUUAAAGGACUUCAACAGCCAAGCCACAAUUUGCAAACAGUGUCUUCAGGAGCUGUGCAGAAUGUCUGGUUGAAGUCAUCAGUGAGGAAUCUUCUACCUUCUCAUACAGAGGGAGCCAUGUCCCAUAAUCCUGGUGGAGGGACUAAUGUGCCUUUCAUACAUGCACCACAGAGUCAGCUUGUCCCAUCAGGUACCUAUUCUUUGCAACUACAGAUGGCUCCUUCAAAUUCUUUAAAAGUUCCUAUACCACGUCAAGGAAAUUAUCAAGAAAAUCAAGGACUUAAUCAUUUGAUACCAGAUCAGCUGGUUGACUGGACACAGUACACAUCCAGUGAACUUCCUUUCCCAGAAUGCAGGCCACCUCCAAAGCAACACCCUUACUUACAACAAGGCUUUGUGCCAUCUACUACAUCAUUACAAGUCAAAAACAAUCAGCUUCCAACUUAUACACAGGCCUUACCAUCAGCAUCUGUGUCAUAUCAGUAUGCUACAGAAACCAGCAAGGGACUCUCCGCCCUUCCCUUCAGCUGUAGAUAUGGAAGCCCGCACAUGCAGAAUUCUCAGCCUGUUUCUAAACACUUGCCUAUAGAAGUGCCCCAGAGUUCAGAAAUGCACUCAUCCGAAAAGAAAGAUGCCUACAGAGGCUUUAAACAGCAGUGGCAGAACUCUAGUGAAAACGUCAGCACCAUUGGAAAAUUCUGUGAGUUGAAAAUAAACACCAAACAGUCUUAUAAUGAAUCUGUUAGAUCUUCUGGUGAUGGUAUUCAGGCUCUUGUUCAGAAUAAUGAAGAGAAAAGAAAGUAUUCCUAUAAUCCAAAUACAAAUCAAGUAAUAGAUACAAAUGCCACAAAAGAAAAGCUGGUGAGGGAUAUUAAAUCACUUGUAGAAAUCAAAAAGAAAUUUUCAGAACUUGCAAGAAAAAUUAAAAUUAAUAAAAGUCUUUUGAUGGCAGCUGGUUGUAGUAAAACAGCCAAUACUUCUUACACUGAACCAACUCAGCCUUCAGAAUUCUCAGCAAAAGAAAAGUCUGCUAAAAGUGACAAUCACUGCUCCAUGGAAUUACUAGCAACAUGUCUUUCUCUUUGGAAAAACCAACCUUCAAAAACCACAGAAGAAAAUGUUCCAAAACCUUUAGAAGAAAAACAGUAUAACACAUCAAGAGCUAGUACAACAGCAGUUGGCAGUUCAAAUCCCACAAAUGAAGUUCAUGUUAAGAAUUUUUGUUUGGUUGGAAAUUCUCAGAAAAUGAUGAGCUCCUCACAGACAGUUCUCACACCAAGUUGUGAGUCUUCAGCCGUUGGAAAAGGAACAGAGCUUCAGAUUGCUGUGGUGUCACCCUUAGUUCUUUCAGGCACCAAUACCUUACCUGGAAAAGAGUUAGCAGCUCAAGUUUUGCCUGAAACUCUAUAUCCAGUUGUUAAGGAAGGCAGUGUUUGUAGCUUACAAAACCAACAGGCGGAAACUGCUUUGCCUUUUGAUGUUACGGGAACACUAGCAGGUAGUACCGGAUCAGCUGAGAUUUCUCUGCCUGUUGAUAAGGAAAAGCAGCACAAACCAACACAGGGUAAUCCAGACAUAGCUGAUAGCAUCCUAGGAAAACACUCUUCCCUAAGCACUGAAGCUCUGCCUAACCCUAGGGACAGCACCAUUGUGAGUGGACCCAUGUUACAGAUCGAAAGUAUCUGUUCUCUUGCAGAAGGUGAUGUAUCUUACAAUUCCCAGAUAGCAGAGAUAUUCAACUAUGUACAAAAUGAGCCUCAGAAAUCUUCACCGAAUCAGGUAAUUAACAGUCAACAAGAACAAGUAGGCGACACCACUGAAAGUAAAGACUUUAGUUUUCAGAAAACUUCAGAUGUUCUACAGUCUACAGAUCCUUCUCAAGAAGUACCUGAGCAGCCAGAGCCGCUGCAGCCUCUAGAGCCAGCAUCUUGUGAAUAUGUUGAAGCAAAGAGAGAAGUUCUAGAUGAAAGCAGUACAGAGCCCACUGGAGAGGAAAGCCCGACUAAGGAUGUGUGUUCAUCAGCUGCUGUUCAGCAGGAUCCUCACCCUCGGGAAACUGAUACAUUCAGCAGUAAGUCAGCCCAGAGUCUUUCUGCAAUAAGUGAGAUUAAUGAUGAAAAUGAGUCUGUCUCAUACCUACAUGACCAGCUGUCAGAACUUUUAAAAGAGUUCCCUUAUGGCAUUGAAUCUGUUACUAGACAUGAAGUUUCUGUGGACCAACAAAAGACACAUGAAAUCUUAGAAAGUCAGACUGGUAAUAAAGCUGGUAAUGCAUCUGGGGAUAGCACAGACCAAAUAAAAAUUACAGUAUUAAGCUCCGAACAAAUCAAAGAAUUAUUUCCUGAAGAGGAUCAGCCCUGCAACUUAAACAAAUUGGAAGAACCUGAGAAUAAAAUUGCAGAAGUAAAGAGUCCAUGUGACUCCCUGGUCCCCAGAGAAGGAAAUCAUGACUCUGGAAUGUUGGACUUGGAGAAAGACAGAAUCCAUUGCUGUGCCUUGGGUUGGCUCUCAAUGGUUUAUGAAGGUGUGCCACAGUGUCAUUGCAGUUCUACAGAGGAGAAAGGGAAGGACCAGUGUUCUUCGGAGAACAGCAGUUGCACACGAGGAGAACAGUCUUGCAAUAGUGGAAUUACUAUUUUUGAAAUCAAUCCUAUUUCUAAUGACCCAGAUACUCCUCUCACCCAAACACCUGAGAACGGCCAUUCCUCUGAAAUACGUGGUAAAAAGAUAAAAACAUCCAAAACAGAAGGCAGCAGUUCACCAAGGUUGGAACGGGAAUUAGCCUGUGAUUUUUCAAUUAAAUGCUACAAAAAAGAUAAAAGAGGUAAUUUAAAAGUAAAGCAUGUCAGCUCACUGAAAAUGGAGCAAAAACUAAAAAAUGUUUCAUCUAAAUGUGAGAAACCAAAUCCUUCAAAAAGCAAUAAAAUAGCAACCUCCAAAAUACUUCAUGUGAUAGCAUCCAACUCUGAUAAAAAUAUGCCAUCAUUUUCUAAACAAGCUUCUCAGGAAAGCCUACAGAAAAAGUAUAUAUCCCAGGACUCAGGCCCAGUAAAAGUACGUGUAGGCCUUUUGCCAAAUGAAGAUGUAUGCAGGAGAAAGAACUCUUUGGUGCAAUCAGUAUCACCAGAAAAGAAAAAAUUAAAAUUUAAAGCAGGCGGCUCCAGACUGAAAUACUUUGAAAAAAGAAAGAGAGACCUUGUGAUUGUUCCAGAUGUAGAAAUAAAAAAGAAGAAAUAUGAGAAACAAGAGCAGAACAAAAAUUCUGGGUCCACACUCAAAUUGUGCAGUACUCUGAUAGAAGAACCAAAUGAAAGAGCCAAUGUUAAAGAAAAAACAGUGCCAAGUUCUGGGUCCUCAGACUCCAAGAGCAGCACCUCUAAGAAUACCAGAGUUAUAACCAUGCAGGAGUAUUUACAGCGGCAGAAAGACAAACAUGUAGUCGGGACUAAUGCUUCUAAGAACGUUUGUGUAGAAACUGUGCCGCGUGACUUGGAAUACAUGAAGUCCAGUAAGCACUCUGCACCAGCAAGCUGGGCAAAGUUAGAGAGCCAGAGUGUCGGUGCAGAGACCUCAGAACCAGAACAUAAUUCUUCCAGCCAUGGUAAAAAUGUCAGGAUCCACCAUUCUGAGGAAUCUAGUACACACAGUGUGUCAAGUAAUAGGAAAGGAAAAUUUGAUGGGAAGCAGCCUGACAAAACCUAUAUUGAUACAACCAAGUUAGAAAGAUUGCCAAGUAGUGAGUCCGGCCAGGGGGCUCUCCAGGUAAAGGAACAAAAGAAACAGUACCUGAAUCGAGUUGCAUUCAAAUGCACUGAAGGGGAGAGCAUAUGUCUCAGCAAGUUGGACAGUGCAUCCAAGAAGCUCCCUGAAGAGGAAAAGAAUAGGACCUCUGCUCCCAAGACAGCAGCCAUAGACAAACCUGGGAUGUUGGAGUUUAAAUUAUGUCCAGAUGUGUUAUUGCGGAAUACAAGCUCUGCCCACAAGGAGGAUGAGCUAAAGCCUGGGCCUGGGAAGGAGCAAGUGCCUUUGCAAGUUUCAGGAAUAAAAAGUACAAAAGAAGACUGGUUAAAAUGCAUCCCUACAAAGACAAAGAUGCCGGAAUCAAGUCAAGAAACAGAUCGUGCUGAUUCAAGACUCUCUAAGAGAAGUUUCAGUGCAGAUGAAUUUGAAAUGCUACAAAACCCAGUAAAAGACUCAAAUGUCAUGUUCCGGACCUACAAAAAAAUGUACCUGGAGAAGAGAAGCAGAAGCCUCGGGAGCAGUCCAGUAAAAUAGUCACAGGAUGUAGUGGUUUGCUUUUACCACCAGGAAAUCCCUAGUUUUUCUUUUCAGGCUCCCUUGCUGGAGAUAACUCAGGACUAUUACAUUUGGACUUCUCAACCAAGGAGUCCAGUCACAGCUUAUGUUACAUUUUUCACUGAUGCUGUGUGACUAAAAUGUUGCUGAGCAGGCAAAAGAAGUAGAUUGCAUUUCUCUGGGAAGUACAGAGUGUGUUCUACAUCGUUGAACCAUGUUUACUGGUUUUAAUUUUGCUAUCAUAGUCGUGCGUACUUGUUACCCUAACAUUUGACAAAUGGAGACAAGGUCAAGAAUUCAAGGUCAUCUGUAGCAGCAUAGUGAGGCCAUAUGAGGCUCUAUGAGACCCUUUCUAAAAACAACAAUGAAAAACUUUGAAAUGCUGCUAUCCUUGGGUAACUUCAUUAGCUGAGGACUUUGUUGUUUGACUGGGGCUGUAAAUAUAUUUUUGUUUCUAAGCACAUUAGCAAAAUUUAUUUUUCAGAAAGUGUCUACUGUGAAUGUCAAAAGUAUAUUCCUAUGUAUUUUGUACCUUUCUGUAAAGGUUUUUCAGAAGUCUUGUUUUAUACUUUUGUUAAACUGGAGUUGUUGGAAGAUGUCUUGACAUUACUUUUCUUACUUGAAAUAAACAUUUAUUUUUUAAAGAACUACA